CGCUCCAUCCACAGCCUCAGCACACCGGACUGUCAACCUCCACCAGCUCUCUGCUGUGGUCCAGUUCCGUUUUCAUCGGGGUUUUACACUUGGCGGUGGAGCAUGGAUGCGAUUUAAGACUCGCCACCGAUCCGUCAGCAGUUUCACUUGCUCUAAAAGAACAAAUUCUCUUAAAGCUCGUCCGGCUGAAGUCAAAAAUAAUGAUGGAGUAUUGGAGGCAAUGCGCGCUGUGGUUAAUAAACUGCAAGGUGCUUCCAGCUAACCACCGGGUUACAUGGGAGUCUGCACAGGUAUUUGACUUGGCCCAGACCCUCCGGGAUGGAGUCCUCCUCUGCCAUCUGCUCAACAACCUGAGACCCCAGUCCAUCAACCUAAAGGAAAUCAACCUCCGACCGCAAAUGUCACAGUUUCUGUGCCUGAAGAACAUCAGGACUUUCCUGGCGGCAUGUGGUGACGUAUUUGGCAUGAAGAAAACAGAGAUGUUCGAGGCCUUUGACCUAUUUGAUGUCAGGGACUUUGGAAAGGUUAUGGACACCUUGUCUAAACUUUCCCACACGGUGAUUGCACAACAAACUGGGAUCAGGCCUUUUCCAUCUGAGGAGAGUGUUGAAGAUGAGGAUAUCUACAACCACCUGGAGGAAAUGAUAGAUGAGAACGGCGUGGAAGAUGAGGAGGAUCUGUAUGACUGUGUGUAUGACGAUGAAGACGGUGGAGAGAUCUAUGAGGACCUGAUGAAGACAGAAGCCAUUCCUCCUCCGGCGUUCCAGAAGCAAGCAGAGACUGACAUCAGGAGCUGCUGUUUAACAGAGAUCAAGCAGACAGAGGAGAAAUACACUGAGACCCUGGAGUCUAUAGAGAAGCACUUUAUGAUGCCCCUCACCAUGUUUCUGUCCAUGGCCGAGAUGGAAAAGGUGUUUGUGAAUAUCCCGGACCUGGUUAAAGUUCACAAAUGUUUACUGCUGGAAAUCCAAGACUCAGUCCACCACAGAAGUGCCCAGAACCUUUACCAGAUCUUCAUUACUUUCAAAGAGAGGUUGUUGAUUUAUGGGAAAUACUGCAGCCAUGUGGAAACAGCCAUCACCACUUUGGAUGACAUUUGCAAAGAGAGAGAGGACGUACGCAUGAAGCUAGAGGAGUGUUCAAAGAGAGCCAACUAUGGCAAGUUCACACUGAGAGAUCUGCUAGUGGUUCCUAUGCAGCGAGUUUUGAAGUAUCACCUCCUCCUGCAGGAGCUGGUGAAACACACUCACGAUGCCACUGACAAGAGCAAUCUGCGGACAGCCUUGGAUGCAAUGAAGGACUUGGCUCAGUACGUCAACGAAGUCAAGCGAGACAAUGAGACGCUCCGAGAAAUAGAUCAGUAUCAGAGAUCCAUUGAAAACCUGAAUCAGCGCCUGAGUAUCUAUGGCAGACCCAAAGGUGAUGGGGAGGUACGGGUGGCCUCAGUGGACAAACGAGCUAAACAGGACAGGCACAUCUUCUUGUUUGACGCCGCGGUGAUUGUUUGCAAGCGGCGAGGAGACAACUAUGAGAUGAAAGAAGUGAUCGACCUACACCUCUUCAAGAUCACCAACAACCCCACUUCGGACAAGGAGAACCGAAAGUGGUCCUACGGAUUCUACCUCACUCAUAACCAGGGCCAGAACGGCUUUGAAUUCUUCUUCAAGACCAAAGAGCUGAAAAAGAAGUGGCUGGAGCAGUUUGGCAUGGCCAUAUCCAACAUUCGUCCUGAGAACGCAACUAACAACUUCCAUGAGUUUAAUAUGCACACCUUUGAAAGGAUCACCUCCUGCAACUCUUGCCACAUGCUGCUAAGGGGAAUCUUUAACCAGGGCUACCUGUGCUCCAAGUGUGGUUUAGGUGCCCAUAAAGAAUGCCUGGGCCGCUUUGGCAGCUGUGGAAAAACAGAUCCCGGCUCCGUCAGAACUCAGCGCAAAGAUCGAGAUCCAGGUCUGCCCAAGAUGCUGGUAAUCAGGAACUACUUUGGCGUGCCGAGCCCAACGUCUGGUCCAGCACUCAGCAUCCAGACGGGUGACAUCAUCGAAUUAAUCUGCGCCGACCUACACAGCCCCUGGUGGCAGGGCAAAAUCCUGACGACGAAAGAAGUUGGCUUCUUUCCAAGCGACGCUGUGAAGCCUUGCCCAUGUGUCCCGAAGCCCGUUGAUUACUCCUCUCAAGCUUGGUUUGCAGGGCCCAUGGAGAGGCUUCAAGCAGAGGCCGAACUCAUCAACAGGGUGAACAGCACCUACCUGGUCCGCCAUCGCAGCAGAGAGUACACAGAGUACGCCAUCAGUAUAAAGUACAACAACGACGUGAAGCACAUAAAGAUCCUGAAGGAGGGCUGCUUCUACAUCGCUGAGAACAAGAAGUUCAGGAGCAUAUUAGAGCUGAUUGAGUACUACAAACACCAUUCCUUGAGAGAAGGUUUUAGGAGUCUGGACACAACGCUGAAGUUUCCUUACCAGGAACCGGAAAACGCUGCUAUGCACCGCCUCAACCGGCCGGGUGGCAACACCCCAUUGCUCUGCGGCCUCUCUUUUGUAACUCCUGCCGGCUACAGCUUUGUACCUCCUUCCUCUGCUCCCUUCUGGUCAGUGUUUACUCCAAAAGUGAUUGGUGUGGCAAUAGCACGGUACGACUUCAGCUCGCGUGACACCCGCGAGCUGUCACUGCAGGAGGGUGAUGUAGUUAAGAUCUACACAAAAUCGGGAGCCAACGGCUGGUGGAGGGGCGAGGUCAAUGGCAGGGUCGGCUGGUUCCCAUCCACAUACGUAGAGGAGGGUGAGGAGUGAAUGGUCCAACAUGGGAAGACGAGAAAGAUAAAGGAAGAAUGGCAGCAGUGGCGUUAGCAAACUGUGAACAUAACAGUAACAAAGAGUGAGCUUCUGCACCCCUGCAUACCCCAGUGUUACUUUUCCGAGCAAAGCAGGCAGCUUCACUCUCCUCGACGGCGUUCUGUUUGCCUGCGACCAUCCCAGAGGCCUUUGGGAGAGAAAAGGGCUACAGUACGUUGCAGAUGCAAAGAUGCCCCAUCAUUUCUGGUUGACUCUGUGUGGCUAAGUGACUCCACCAACUAGCAGCUUGCCUGUCAGCGGGGCACAAGCCCUCGCCAGACACCCCCUCCUCCCUCCCUAACAUCCAUCCAUCCAUAAUUCACCCUGCGCUCCCUUCCUUUCUCUGCCCCAGCCAGCCCCCCCAAACUCCCACCUGUUUCUGCUUGCCAAGUCGGCCGUCGCCAGACUGUCAAAAGUAGAUACUCAAAUGCUACUCCUCCAUUCAUGCGCUCAUCCAUCCAAGCAUCCAUCCUCCCUACCACCCCCCUGUGGGAAUAGAGCCAUCUGAGCCGGAAAAGACCCACACUGUAUUCUGCUCUUUUUUUCUCCCUUUCAUCCCCUUCUCACUCUGAAGGGAUUUCAGUUAGUUUUGACCUUGCCUGUGUGUUUCUUCCACUAAUGCAGGUGGUUAUUGAUGACUUGAUGACCCAGAUUCACACACACACACACACACACCACCCACCUCUCCUUCCCUCCAGAUUAUGAUCACCUCACACACACACACUCCUACAGGAGAUGUAAGAGAGGGAUGGCGUCGGAUAGCAUCGCUGCACAGUGCCAGCAAUUGAUCGCUUGUGUUCCUAUUUUCCUCCCAACUCCUACAUUCUUUAUCUCCAGCCCAGCCUCUCAUGUUUUUAGUUGUCUUGGCCGUUAGCGAUCCUCCUGCUCUUAUCGGUGGCAGCUCUGUCGACAGGAGCCCAUUCGCGGAGGGUUUAUCUUAUUGGACGCAUUAGCGGCUUGUCGGGGAACAAGCCACACUACCUAUGAGCCACCUGUUCCCGAAACAUAAAAAAGAAAAGAAGAUGAAACACAAGCAGCCCAACUUUGCACUUUUUUUUUUGCCCUUUCUUCUCAAUUUUCUCUGUCUAACUUCUGUUGCUGUUUUGUAAGGUUCAUCAUCUACAGAUGUAAUGGAAAUGAUGGAGUUUGAUUGACUGCAUUUUUUAAGAAGUUAUUAACCCAGUCAAUGGGAGGUUAUAGACCCAGAUUUGUACUACUGCAACAUUUGCAUCAAAUGCUUCUGAAGUAUUUGGGUGUAUUUUUCCCCUCUCAAGAAUCUAAUCUGUGUAGAAACACUUGCAAUUUAACAAGAAAAACAUCACAUUUAAAAACGUAUUAUGUAAUAGCACUUCAGUCCAAAAGAUAUUAGCUCUCCGAAACCUUUUUCCUCCACUGCUUAUAUCUUCCUGCUAACUGUCCUCCCUCUCACUCCCUCUCUCCUUUUCUGUUUUCCACCCUCACCCCCUGUACACAUUAUGCACACUUUCUCCUUAAUCCACAGUGAAACAGGAUUUUUCCACAUUUGAGGGAAUAAAUACCUUUAUUGCAAAACAUGCUGCACAACAUACUCGUAAUGUUGACACGCAGCAGUAUACAGUCACAGACAGAGUAAGAAGGCAGUGUACACAUGAUUAGAAUAGAGCUCAUCUUAUGUCUGAAGGUGAGACCUGCAGUCGGCUUUGUGCAGCGAUUUUUUAAUCUCUGUCAGGAUGUCAACUCUCCUUCAUAGUCUGAAAAAGAUACAAACCAUACUUCUGUGUUUGAAAGAUGUACAUAUUGAAUAUUUUAUUUAAUUCAUGGUUGGUGAUUUCUGUUAACACAAUGGGCAGAGGGCAUGCUAUGAACUAGUACUUUAUUUUCUUCUUUUUAAAAAAACAAAACAAAAAAAAUCUGUUCUUUGGCUAUAUGUUUCCUCCUCACUCUUCAAAUUCAGACUCCCACACAUGCCCACGCAUGAUAGUCAUCCAUCUCUUUUUUGUGAAGGGAAACUAAAAAUGAAAUGAAAUUUAAAAAAAAAAAACUGUCACUGAAACACACUUUGGGGCAGUUUACUGACAGGCAGCGUUCUCCAUUUGACAGUUUAAAGUGAAAACAUGUAUCAGACAUUGAAUAAACUUUCUCAUCAAGUUUGACCACUUAAUGAGAUCAUGAAAGCCGUAAUACGGCUCACUCGUGGACGCUGCCUCGGGUAACAGCCCUCGGGGCCUGGCUUCCAUUCAGAGCUAUCAUCCUCCCUUGUCAUGUCCUCAUUGUGUCCCUGCCACUGGGCAUUGUGUCAGAAAUAUAUUUUGUGAAUCAAAGUAAGACUUUAUUGUAAUGAUGCUUUUGUAUGCGCUUCAUGGAGCCCAUUAUGUUUGGAAAUCUUAAAUAACCCCCUGCCAUCCCUGCCACUCCAUGCCACUCUAAUGUGUAUGACAAAAUGCUGUUUUUGUUCUCACUCAUAUUAUUUAAUGUUAGGUGGAUGAAAUCUGUCAAAAAAGGGUCACAUUAAUAUAUAUUCUUUUGAUACUGUGACAUCUUUUUCCUUUAAAAAAAUAUAUAUAUAUUAACAGUGUCAUUAAGUGACCACUAGAUGGAAGCAUCCUAAACACUUCUUCUUGAAGCGGUCACCUUCAACUUGCUUAAGUUUGGAGAUGACAUCAUCUGAUUAGGUAAACAACAUGAGAGAAUUUAGCAUCAGACUUGUUGCUGUGAGUGAGAGAAAGAAAAGACAAAACCAAAGGAUCAAAACACACUUUUUAAAGAAGUUAACACUAAUGAUUGAUAAUGCAGACAGACAAAAAACCCAAAAGAACAAAUCUUACAUUUGAAAAAUCAUUGUGUUCUUCUUCUUCUACCAGAUGUUGUCAGAUUCAUUGAUUUUCCUGAACAUUUCCUAGGAAGACUAAGAAAACUAGGAAGAUAUUUCUCUUCUCCUUCUUCCUCCUACAGUCUCUGAGCAGCCAAACCUUACAUUUAUAACAUCUUUAGGAAAUCUGAGGUGAGGCAGCGGCACAAAUGCGAUCCAGCACAAGCGCCUUUCCUGUCUUGGGAGAACUGGCAAGGCAGAGUGGGCUUCUCUAAUCGCAGACUCCAGUAAUCCACUCCCGCACUCCUCCUCCGCCCAGAUGAACUCUGACAGCGGGGCCAUUUACAACUGCAGGCCUUCCUCCACUCCGAGUGCGUUUCCCAGAUUUUUUUUGUGUGUGCAGGAGGGACGGGAGGAAGGCUCAAGGGUAUCUGUGAUCUAAUCAUUACACCAUCUCCUCACCCCAGCGACCCUGCUGCAUCCAUCUCUCUGUCGGCUCCUCUCCCUCUCGCUCUAUCUCACCUUGUCACUUCUCUCUCUCUCUUUUUCCCCAUAUAUCUUUCAUCCAAUCUCUGUCUUCUUGGUUUCUCUCUGUAUUCUGUCCCUCACCCCGAUGCUCUGUUGCUGUAACUGCGCUGCUUGAUGUAAGAAGAUUCAGUAUUAUCAGGAGGGGAGGGAGAGAGGCGGCGCAUUCUCUAUAAACAACCACAGAAAAAUGAAGACUAGUUUAAUUUUACCACUAAUUCAUAGACUGAGAGAGAUGAUGCUAAUUAGAGAAUGAAUUAGAGCUCACUUUUCCCACUGUUAUCUCCUCAUAUAGUACAGUGUGAGCACAGAUUAUGUCCAUAUGCAGAGGCACACACCAUGUACGUGUGGAGAAACAUCUUGACAGGAUUUAGUGCUGGGCAAGUCUUAGCCCAGCAGGGGUUUUUAGGAUACAAUCUCCUUAACCAACAUGUGAGGACAAUUCUGCAGCAACCUGAACAGAAACAUAAUACCCCCCCUCGCCCGCACAUAAAAAAAAUAUGUCAUAUAAUACUUCUUUCUCUCCAGGCUGAAAAUCCAUCCCUAAUCCAUUGACAAACCAUGCACCCCUCUCUGUGUUAUAUAGCUAUCAGCGCUCACUCCUGACUGAAGUUUACAUUCAUUGUGUUCCUGCUCCGUGUCCAUGUUCUGUUAUCCCAAUGAAGCCAAAGAUGUAUGCUGUACUUUGUACUGUGUACUGUGAUGUACUAUGCUGUACACUCUAUGUUCUGUCUUAUAACCACGGUACCCGACCGCUGUGGCCUAACUCUAAAACCAUGCAAUCUCGACUGUGUAGCAUUACCGUGUAUUGUUGCUGUAUUAUACUGUAAAAUAUGUACAUAGCAUAUAAUAAAGAUAUACAUUGCUUCUU